AUGGAGCCUGCCGCGGAAAAAGCUGCCCCUACCACCAAGGAGGGAAUCAAACAGAUCGCAGGAAAGGCCCUCGGGAAGAUUUACAAGAGGCUGGAAAAGCGGCAACAGACAGGUGAGGCGAUCGAGCUCACGGAGGAUGGGAGACCCAAGGCGGACCAGGAGCGGAAGAAGCCCCUGUGUGACUGCACUUGCUUCGGGCUUCCGCGCAGAUACAUCAUCGCUAUGCUGAGCGGGAUGGGCUUCUGCAUCUCCUUCGGCAUCCGGUGUAACUUGGGUGUGGCCAUCGUCAGCAUGGUCAAUAACAGCACGAUCCACGAAAACGGCAAGAUCAUCAUCACUGAGAAAGCGGAAUUCAAUUGGAACCCAGAGACCGUGGGGAUGAUUCAUGGCUCCUUCUUCUGGGGCUACAUAGUGACUCAGAUUCCAGGAGGGUAUAUCUCCUCAAGGCUGGCUGCAAACAGAGUUUUCGGUGCUGCCAUUGUGCUGACAUCCAUCUUGAACAUGUUCAUUCCCUCUGCCGCCCGAACCCACUAUGGAUUAGUCAUCUUUGUGAGGAUAUUACAAGGGCUGGUGGAGGGAGUGACUUAUCCAGCCUGCCACGGGAUCUGGAGUAAAUGGGCUCCGCCACUGGAAAGAAGUCGCCUGGCAACCAUCUCCUUCUGUGGAUCCUAUGCCGGGGCAGUGAUAGCCAUGCCUCUGGCUGGCAUCCUGGUCCAGUACACUGGAUGGUCCUCUGUCUUCUAUUUGUAUGGAUGCUUCGGGAUAUUUUGGUACUUGUUCUGGGUCCUGGUCUCCUACGAGAGCCCGGCGGAGCACCCGACCAUCACUGACGAGGAGCGCCGUUACAUUGAGGAGAGCAUCGGGGAAAGUGCCCAGCUAAUGGGCGCAAUGGAAAAAUAUAAGACUCCCUGGAGGAAAUUCUUCACCUCCAUGCCCGUCUAUGCAAUCAUCGUGGCCAACUUCUGCAGGAGCUGGACCUUUUAUCUGCUCCUCAUCAGCCAGCCUGCAUACUUUGAGGAGGUGUUUGGCUUUGAGAUCAGCAAGGUUGGAAUCGUGUCAGCGCUGCCUCACUUGGUCAUGACCAUCAUCGUGCCCUUGGGAGGCCAGUUAGCGGACUACCUGCGGAUGCACAACAUUAUGUCCACCACCAAUGUCCGGAAAAUCAUGAACUGUGGAGGGUUUGGUAUGGAGGCCACUUUCUUGUUAGUGGUUGGUUAUUCUCACAGUAAGGGGGUGGCCAUCUCGUUCUUAGUUCUGGCGGUGGGUUUUAGUGGAUUUGCAAUAUCAGGUUUCAAUGUCAACCAUCUAGACAUCGCUCCUCGCUACGCCAGCAUCCUCAUGGGUAUAUCCAACGGGGUGGGUACCCUGUCAGGGAUGGUGUGCCCUCUAAUCGUGGGAGCCAUGACAAAGAACAAGACGCGGGACGAGUGGCAGUACGUCUUCCUCAUUGCUUCCAUGGUGCAUUAUGGGGGAGUGGUGUUUUAUGGCAUCUUUGCAUCUGGGGAGAAACAGCCAUGGGCCGACCCUGAAGAAACCAGCGAAGAGAAGUGUGGCUUCAUCGAUGAAGAUGAGCUGGCCGAAGAGACGGGAGACACCGCGCAGAGCUACGGCGCCACGGCCGGUCCGGCUAAAAGCUACGGGGCCACGGCACAGCUCAACGGAGGUUGGGUCCAGGACUGGGAUAAGACGGAAGAGUAUGUGCAGGAACCGGCCGGGAAGAUGUACGCCGAGCGCGGCUACUCUUAA